AUGACAACCCCCCGCGUCUUCAUCAUCCGCCACGGCGAAACCGAAUGGUCCCUCUCCGGCCGCCACACGGGCACGACCGACAUCCCCCUCACGGCCAACGGCGAGAAGCGCAUCCUCGCGACGGGCAAAGCCCUCGUCGGCAGCGACCGGCUCAUCGUCCCCGCGAACCUCGCACACAUCUACGUGUCCCCGCGCAACCGCGCGCAGCGGACGCUGGAAUUGCUCGGGCUGGGGUGUAAAGCGGGCUUGCCGUGGCCGCGACACGGGGCCGUCGAAGAGGGCUUGCAGAAUGGGGAGACCACGAAUGCUGAGGUCGAGGUGGACGAGAGGUGUCGCGAGUGGGAUUAUGGGGAUUACGAGGGCGUUACGUCGCAGGAGAUCCGCGAGCUGAGGAGGCAGAGGGGCGAGGGGGAGUGGGAUAUCUGGAGGGAUGGAUGUCCCGGGGGAGAGUAUGUCUUUUUUUUUUCCCUCUUUGCCCCCUUUUGUUAUUUUCCCUGAUAGAUCCAAUUCUUCAAUUUCUUUCUUUCUUUCUUUCCAUGGCUGGUUUUUUUUUUGUUAUUGGUAUCGCAAUUCUUCUAACACCGUCCAUCUUCUCCCUCCAUCUAGAUCCCCAGCCCAAAUCACCCAACGUCUCGACUCCCUCAUCGCCGACAUCCGCACGAAAUACCACUCCCGCGCCAUCGGCAAGCCCAAAGGCACCGUCCGCGAACCCUUUGACGUCCUCAUCGUGGCACACGGACACAUCCUGCGCGCCUUCGCGGGCCGGUGGGUCGGCAAGGACAUUGCGGAAAACCCGAGUCUGAUCUUGGAGGCCGGCGGCGUGGGCACGCUGAGUUAUGAGCAUCAUAGCUUGAAGGAGCCGGCUAUUCUGUUGGGUGGGGCGUUUAUGAGUGAUGUGGUGGAGAAUGCGGAGGGGCCGUCGAGGUGA